AUGACGUCAUUGAUGACAUCAUCAGGUCUCAGGCGAACAAUCGUCACAGACUUGGACUCUGACGGAGACCUGGACGCUGGUUCUGACCCGGUGAUUGAAAAAAGACGUAGAGACAGAAUCAACAACAGUCUGCUGGAGCUGAGACGACUGGUCCCCACACAGCUGGACAAACAGGGUUCAGUGAAGCUGGAGAAGUCUGAGAUCCUCCAGAUGACUGUGGACCACCUUAAGAUGCUGCAGGUCAAAGGUCAACUCAGCCCAGGUCCCUUUGAGGCCCCCGCUCUGGCCCUGGACUUCCUGUCUGUGGGUUUCAGGGAGUGUGUGAUGGAGGUGUCCCGCUACCUGAGCACCACGGAGGCCCUGGACUCCAGCGACCCUCUGAGACCCCGCCUCCUCUCACACCUCAUGUGCUGCGCCUCCCAGCGUGACACCGCUGCCCUGACAGCCGCUGCACACUUCCCACAUCACCAGCAGGUGUCACUGUCCCACCCUUUACCUCACCCAUUCCACCUCCACCACUGGGCGGCGACAGUGGCAGCGUUCAGACACCUGCCCACUGCUGCCCCAUACACACCGAGUGGACUUCCUUUCUCCCUAGGACAGGCGGGAGGGGAAGGUGGAGCCCCCCACAGGCUGAAUGAGCGUGGUGCGUCCUCUUCCUAUGCCGAUUCAACCUCCUCCAUUCUUUCCUCCUCCUCCUCCCUCGAGCCCCUCACUGGCGCCCCCCCUCCUCCCACCUCCUUUCUCUCCCUCACGCCUGCAUCACCCCCCAUCACCCUCCACGGAGGUGCCCACGUCCUCCCCUCCUCCUCCUCCUCCUCUCUGGUCUCCUCUUCAUCACAGACUGUCAGUGGGUCCAAACCCCACCGUCCGUGGGGGAGUGAGGUCGGAGCACUCUGACCCCCGUCUGCUCAUCAACACCUGGACAACGCAGCAAACAAAGACCUGUGUAGCUGUAGGAGGUGACAGGUGGUGAGCGCCCCCUGCUGCUGGGACAGUGUGAGCCGAACUUUAACCAUUUUCACCUCUUUCUAACCACCUUUGUUCUAACCCAUCGGUACCACACAUUGUUAACAUGACAGUCAACCUGUAGUUCUUCAAAUGACCACCAGGCGACGACAACCCCUAAUUUCUAACAUUCAAUGUAAAAGAAGUGUAUAUUCAUUUAGAUGUUUUAACAUGUUGAAUCACGUGAUUGUUCAUCGUUCAUCAUUGUUGCAUUAAUUAUUUAAUGAUCAGUUUGAAGAACAUUUUAAUAGAAACGACCAUCUGUGUUAGAAGAGCUAAAGA